GCCGAGAAGACUCGAACCAAAGACUGAAAAAAUUCCAGUCAACUUCCCGCGCCAUAAGAUAGUAGAGGCCACAACCAUCCGCGGCGACGGAACACAGACCGCCGGCAUUUCCCAACCCUUCUCCACUAUCUUCAGUCUUCACCCUUCACGCUCCACGCCCUAGUCAUGGGCCUUCUUCGCACCAUCCGCCGUCUGUACGGGAUACUGAAUUACCCUCGCCGUAAUGAGGUUGGUGGCAAUUUCGGCAUGUCUUUUUCAAGUUGCCACCAAUUUCUUCUCCAAGAAGAAUGUGAUCGGUCAGGGAGGCUUCGGUCGCGUCUACAAGGGUCUGAUGCCGAAUGGCCAAGAAAUUGCUGUGAAGAAGCUCUCAUCAAAUUCAACACCUGGAGUAAUUGAAUUCACUAAUGAGGUGAAGCUGCUGUCUGAAAUCCGGUACUUGAAUCUUGUUACAUUGUUGGGUUGCUGUGUAGAAGUAUCUGACAAGAUGCUGGUCUACGAGUAUUUGCCGAAUAAAAGCCUUGAUUGCUUCCUCUUUGAUAAAGAGAAGUCUUCCUCUCUGGAUUGGACUACAAGAUUCAAUAUAGCGAAGGGGGUGGCCAGGGGAAUUCUUUACCUCCAUGAAGAAGCCCCCAUGAAAAUCAUUCACAGAGACAUCAAAGCUAGUAAUAUAUUGUUGGACGAAAGCCUGAACCCAAAGAUAUCGGAUUUCGGCCUUGCCAGGCUGUGUCCAGAGGAAGAUUCACUUAUGAGCACAAGGGUAUCUGGUACUCAUGGUUACAUGGCCCCAGAGUAUGCAAUGCAUGGAUAUCUUUCUGUCAAGACCGACAUUUUCAGUUAUGGUAUUCUCCUUCUAGAAAUCAUUAGCGGGAGAAGGAGUCUUGAUCGCAGACUUAGUACAGACCAUGCUGAUCUAGCAAAUUUUGCAUGGACACUCUAUCAAGCAGGAAAGAUGCUGGAAUUAGUUGAUCCUACCGUUGGAGACCAUUAUAACACUGAUUCAGUGGGGAUGUGCAUUCAAAUAGGGCUAUUGUGCUGUCAGCAAACUGUUGCCGAUAAGCCUGACAUGAACUCAAUUCAUCUCAUGCUUUCGAGUGACUCGUUUACUUUGCCGGAACCUGGUAAACCUGGAGGAAGGUGGACAUCCAUGAAACCAGGUGUUAGGAACAGUAUUAAUACACUUGAGGAUCAUUCCCGAAACUGAUGCUCUUUUUCCUCUUUUUAUGAAGGUAGCUAAAGGGUUUGACAGAAGCUACAUGUUUAUAAGCAUCAUUUCCACAUCUUACACUAUUCUUUCAUCAUUACGAGUUUAAUUUGUUGCAUGAGUGUUCUCAGUCAUUAGCUUGUUAAUAAUAAAAUGUGAUCAUGGACUCAGUACUCGUCAUGAUAGUUGAUUAUUGAUUCAAUAUUCGUCAUGAUUAAUUGUUAACUUCUCUCUCUCAUGUUUAAUACAAAGUGCAUAUGGCCUUCUCAAGUUCUUAAUGAUAUCUCAGCUAUCCAAUACAAACUCUUAGAUUCAACAUUUAUCAAAAUCAAGGCUGGGAACAUAUAAGUUUUGAUCAAAUUUAACCCACUCUAACCCUGCUACCCAUACCCUGCCAUGUUGUCACACCCCAUGUAAGCAUGCUUGUCUACACGGUGCGUAAACCAAGUUAUUUAUUCUUUGGCCUCGCUUUGGGAACUCCCGACUUGUUCUUUGCCCUCCAUACGCAUCAAGUGGCCACUCCAACUUGAAUAAGCUCAGUCCUUAAGGCUUCGGUCCUGUCUACAAGAUGGUACAAUUCUCCAAUUGGCAACUGGGCAAUUGGUUAAUGUCUUGUUUUGCCUGAUAUAGUUUUCUCUAGUAAAUUCUCAGGGGUUUUGGUUCUAGAGACGAUGGGUUUUAAUUGAAAAGAGAAACCGUAGCAGAAACCUUGGAGUAGAAGAUAUAAAUAUGAAUUUUGAGGUGAAUAGAUCCAGUUUUCAACAAUCAGUCAAAUUUGAGCAUUACUGAUGAACUGGCUCAUGAUGAAACCCUGGAUAUUAAUAUCUGCUUUGAAUGUAAAGGAUGCUGAGUUUUUUGAAUUCUCAAGACAGACUUUUGAGGGGAUGGUGCCUGAUGGCCAAGAAAUUGCGGUCAAGAAGCUCUGAAUCGUCAUCUGUCACUCGUCAGGAUCCUGAUUAUGAUCAGUGUGAAUCGCCAAUAGGGACGUAUCAACCAUCGGCGGCGACAGAUCGCUGACCGCCUGCAUUUCAGGCCUUCUCCCUUAUCCUCAACCUCAAUGCUCCAUGCCCCGUCAUGGACCUUAUUCGCACCUUCAGCCGUUACCUUGAUGGGAUAAUGAAUUCCCGUGGCAUCGAGAAGGAUGGUGACCGUUUAAGCCCAGUUUUCGAAACUUCCGACCUCUCCGCUGGCCUCCAGACGCUUCAAGUAGCCCCAAUUUCUUCUCCGAGUCGAAUAAGCUCGGUCAUGGUGGUUUCGGUCCAUCUAUCAGAAGUACCUGAAAAUAUGCUUGUCUACGAGUAUUGCCAAACUAAAGCCUUGAUUGCUUCCUCUUUGGUAAACAUCUCAUCUUUUGCAUAUGUCUGUCUUCUAUGUUGGCUCCUUCUCAAGUUCUACUUGCUACCUCAGCGAUAUGGAGUAAACCAUGAAACGAGACCACCAGCUUGCCCACUCUAACCCUGCUACUCCCGCCUUGACAGUGGAAGCAAGCAUGCCUUCCCAGUUGGGAAACAGGGGAAUCGUGGAGAAAUAGUGGACAUGCUUCCAUCUGAUAUCUAGAGUAAGAACACACAGCAACCAAGUGAUAUCUACUCUCCAAACUUCCAGUGCAUAACAAACAUGAUAUUAUCAAGAUGUUCCCUGUCUGAUGUUUUGAAUUGAAGUUGGAUGAAACUAGGAAGGUGUUUUGCUAUGACAAGCAUAGUUCUAGUUACACAGAACUCAAUGUGUCGGCUGUAUUUAAAAGAAAAAGCUACUUGGAGUUGAUCCAGCAGUCGCAAAUGACUCCUUCCACAAAGCCCAUGUCAGGGCGCGAUUCGGGAUCUUCGCUGAGGCAAUUGAGAGCAACACGCAUCGCCUUCUCUGCAACCUUUACCGGGAAGAACCCACUAAGCCUUCCAUCCACCCAACCUCGCACCUUCGCCGGAUUAUCCUCUCCAGCAAGUGUCUCCCUUGCUGUCUCAACGAUCGACGUUCGCACGUGCACGUUCUCUUCCUCAUCAUAAUGGUAAUAAGCCACUGGCUCUGCACCGGAAAGCAGCUCCAACAGCAGCAUCCCAAAUGCGUACACAUCAGAUUUCUGCGUCGCCAAUGUCCCUUCAUGGCGGCGAAGCUCUGGGGAAAAGUAAGGGUUCUCUUCCUCCUCGCUCUCUGGAAUUGACGCCAUUGUCGUUGGCCAACCGCCAAUUUGGUUAUCGUCGUCCGCAGCAGCCUCCCCUGCUGCCUGGGCAAGGCCAAAUUUGCAGAUGAGGGGUCUGACAACACCAGGUUGUUGAGAAAUGGCAGCAGUAGUAGUAUUGUUGUUGUUGUUGUUACUCCUGAAAGUGAGGAUGAUGUUGGAGCUCUUGAUACGGUUGUGGACUAGGAUGGCGUCGAAUCCAGUCAUGUGGUGGAUGUAGUUCAGGCCGCGAGCCACUCCCAGAGCGAUUUCGAUCCUCGACUGCCACGUCGAGACGUACAAACUGUACAGAUUGUUAACAUUACCAUUAUUAUGGUUAUUCAGACAGUCGGAGAGGGUGGGGCUGUUGACGAAGCCGUACAUGAGGUCGACGACCCGGGGCUCCUUGUCGGAAAUGGAAGCUCCCAUGAGCUGGACCACGUUGGCGUGCCGUAUGCUGCCGAUGAGCGACAGCCGCUGUUUCAGCUUCUCCGGUGUGAUGUUGGGAGGGAAACUCCGGCGAAAGCCGAUGGUGUCUUUGCCCCGGAAGGUGCAGCGGUAGGAGGAGGCUGUGUUUGAGGGGGCAGGGGAUGAGGAGGAAGAAGAUGAGGAGAUGGUGAAAAAGAAGCUGGAGCCGGUGGCGGAGGAGGAAGCCCUUGAGAGCUCGGAGUUGGUGGAGGGUGUGGCGCCGGAGUGGACCAAGAUGGCAGCUGCAGCCCUGGGAGUCGCUGGAAGGUAUUGGGUUUGUGUUGGCCGUGGUCUGGGGCAGUACCGUGGAAAACUUAGUGAUCGGAAAACUAUCAUCGUCAAACGCCAUUAGGCUCCGGUGGGCGACUCUCUCUCUCGCCGGUUAGAAUUUGCUUACUGGAUGACUACUCACCCACCAAGUUUGAAGGCAACCAUUGACUUUCUCAGCUGAGAACUUAUAGUCAGCUGCAGGGCGUUCCGCGUUUGCGCGUUAGGCCGUGGCGGGAGCGGGAGCAGGAGCAGGAGCGGGUCGACCCGUGUAUGGCUUCCCUUUUUUUAAUGGGAGCUAGGAAUCUGUAUCACAAUGUACAUCCAAAUGCUAUAUCAACAGCGAAAAGCACUAAUAAGUUGCUUGCUGGCAUUUCUAAGGUAUUCUCCCGCGCAAUCUCUACGCUCCGUGAGCUAAUCAUGGGCCUUAUCGGCACCAUUCGCCGCUACCUGGACGGGAAGCUGAAGUCCGGUCGCCCCAAGGAGGACGGCGAUGAUUUUGGCAUAGCUUUCGAGGCUUACGACCUCGACUUCAUUGGCCUCCGUACUCUUCAAGUGGCAACUGAUUUCUUCUCCCCGUCGAAUAAGCUCGGUCACGGAGGCUUCGGUCCCGUCUACAAGGGGGUGAUGCCGAGUGGCCAAGAAAUCGCGGUGAAGAAGCUCUCAUCAUAUUCAACACAGGGAGUAAGAGAAUUCACUAAUGAGGUCAAACUGCUGUCCGAGAUCCGGCACAUGAAUCUGGUCACAUUGUUGGGUUGCUGUGUAGAAGGACCUGGGAAGAUGCUUGUCUACGAGUACAUGCCCAACAAAAGCCUGGAUUGCUUCCUCUUCGAGAAGUCUUCCACCCUAGAUUGGACGACAAGAUUCCGUAUAGCAACAGGGGUGGCGAGGGGACUUCUUUAUCUUCAUGAAGAAGCCCCUAUGAGAAUCCUCCACGGAGAUAUCAGUGCCAGUAAUAUAUUGCUGGAUGCCAAAUUGAGCCCAAAGAUAUCGGAUUUUGGCCUUGCCUGGCUGUUCCCCGAAGAUGAAACACUUGUAAAUGCAUCUACCAUAUCUGGUACUCUUGGUUACAUGGCUCCAGAGUAUGCAAUGCACGGACAUCUAUCUGUCAAGACUGACGUCUUCAGUUAUGGUAUUCUCCUUCUGGAAAUCACGAGCGGGAGAAGUAUUCAUGGUUACAGUCACGGUCCGGAGUCUCUUGACGAUGCUGAUCUCUUGGAUUCGGCAUGGAAGCUCUACGAAGCAGGAAAGACGCUGGAGUUAGUUGACCCCAGCCUAGGAAACUAUUAUAACGCCGAUGAAGCAAGGAUGUGCAUUCAGAUAGGGCUUUUGUGCUGUCAACAAGCUGAUGCAGAUCGGCCCGACAUGAACUCGAUUCAUCUCAUGCUUUCCAGCGACUCGCUUACCUUGCCAGCGCCGGGUCAACCUGCAGCACUGUACAGUAUUGACGGAGAGAAUUAUUCCCAAAACUCCAUCUCUGUCACCUCCAUAAAUGAAGGUAGAUAAAGGGAUCAAGUGUCUGUUUGUGUUUUACUUUUAUGUAAAUCGUAGGUGAUUUUUUUGUCUGAGUUAGUAUGUGGGGGUUCAGAACUUCAGAUGGACAUUUUCUGCUGUGACAUGACCGUUUGUUUGUUGGAUUUGAAAAUGAAGGUUUUGAGUUU